AUGAAGAAAAAAUUUGUGCAAGUGACAAGAAUUGAUGAAAAUUUGAGUGGCAAUGAUAAUGAUAAUAAUGAGAAGCAAAUUAAUGAUAAGCCAGAAAGUGGCAGUAUUUAUGGAAUGAGUGGUAUGUCACAUUUAAAUAAGUGGAUCGGUCGAGACUAUGCACACGAAGAAGCUAUUUUUAAUGAACUUACACAUUUGAAGAAGACACAAUUGCAGUAUGGUAAAGUAAAGGAACAAAUAUUGGUCCGGUCACUAAUUAAUAAUUUCUGUAAAAUGUACAGUCUUAACCCGGCAUACUUGAAAUUUAACACUUUUCAUGCAUGGGAAAAAUUUCUUUGUGAUCAGUUGAAAUUGCUAUAUUUAAAAGAACGGAAUCAUAUACUCAAUUCACAUCACCCGCACUAUUCAUCUGUCAACAAAUGUAAAACAAGCCUGCAACGAAAACAAGUAUAUCAAGACAACACGAUAUUAAAUACUAUCACGGAAGGUACACGUUCGGCUCAUAGUGAUUCAUCUCAAACCAUAUUAUAUACACGUGAAAAGCGUUGUAAUUGCUUGUAUAAUAGAUAUGAUUUGCUGUAA